CUAAACUUAAAAAAAAAUUUAAAGAAAUAAACGCAAAUUUACAAAAGAAAACUUUUCUUCACCUGAAAAAAUAAAGAAAAGUUAAGAAAUAAAAAAAUACAAAUUUAGUGAAAAGUCGAAAAUAUUUUUAAAUUAAAAAAAAAAUAUAUAUAUAAAUUUACAAAAUAAAAAAAAAACAAUAAAAAUAUUUUUAAAUUAAAAACAAAAAUAAAGUUAAAUAAACAAAAAUUUACAAAAUAAAAAUAUUUUCAAACUUCCCGUUAUGUAAAUCAACACAAAUUUAUGUACUUUUUCUGGGAACGUAUUCAGAUUCUAUAAUAAAAUAUUUCUUCAAAUAUUUCUAUGCCGUUAAAUACGUGUUUGCUGCUUAAAAUCUAAACUAUAGUUCCAUAGUGCUUUAAUUAUAAUAACAAAGGAAAUUGUAUUUCCUUAUUGGCAUAUGCUGCUACUUUUUUCGGUGCGCCAAUCAGUUGUUAUAAAAAUUAAUAGGGUGCCCUCAUCAUAUACCAUAUGAAUGCAGAUAAUUGAUACAGAUCAAUUGACGCUAAAUCCAGUUUUGUAAAAAUGUGUCCGCUGUGAAAAUAAACGCAGCACGAACCGACUUUCAACACAAAGUGUGCAUGCUGAGCUAUAAUUAAAACGGUACUUGCAGUUUAUAAUAGAAAUUAAAUGCAACGAGUAACGCACCUGCGGGUGGCAACGAAACCUCAUUUAAUCACAGUGGCAACCUCAAAGCACAGCUGUUAACUGAAGCUUCCACAAACAACGACAAUUAAAUGACAUCAACAUAAUGGCAUCCAAUGAAUCACAGACGAUUUACUGUGGCAGCGGCCUCGAUAAUUUUCACACCAGCUACAAAAUUUGGCAUGGCUACAUCUCGCUCAUCGUCUGCAUACUCGGCACUGUGGCGAACACACUCAACAUAAUCGUGCUGACGCGCAAGGAGAUGCGCUCCCCCACCAAUGCCAUACUCACCGGCCUCGCAGUGGCCGACCUCGCCGUCAUGAUCGAGUAUAUACCAUACACUACACACGACUACAUACUCGCCGAGCGGCUGACACGCGAGCAACGCCUCAGCUACAGCUGGGCGUGUUUCAUCAAAUUCCACUCGAUAUUCGCACAAGUGUUGCACACGAUUAGCAUAUGGCUGACCAUCACGUUGGCGGUGUGGCGCUAUAUAGCCGUCGGCUAUCCGCAGAAGAACAGCAUUUGGUGCGGCAUGCGCACCACCAUACUCACCAUCAUCACGGCGUACAUUGUUUGCAUAUUGGUGGUGUCGCCAUCCUUCUACUUAGUCUCCGCCAUUGUGGAAUUUCUCGAGACCAUCGAUGAGCAUGGCAAAAUCAUAUACUCGGAACCGCUGACGCAGUUCAUAAUCGAUUACCACAAUGAGAUGGCAAAUCAAACGCAGCAGCUGCAAUUGCAGGCGCAGGUUACAGCAGCCGCUUGGGCGACCGGAAAUGCAUCCUUCACAAAUGGCAGCGCUGCGGCAACAACAUUUGCCGCAUCGUGGAAUGCGAGUGAUAUAAUGGUUACUACAGCCACCACGCUCACCACUAUAGCAACCACAACCGUGUCGCCAUGGCAGCAGCCGCACCAUAACAUCACCGUCUAUAAAUUGUAUCACAGCGAUUUGGCGCUGCACAAUAAAUCGCUGCGCAACUCAACCUUCCUCAUCUACAGCGUGCUCAUCAAGCUGAUACCCUGCAUCGCACUUACCAUACUUUCCGUGCGUCUGAUAGUGGCGCUGUUGGAGGCCAAACGCCGACGCAAAAUGCUCACCAGCAACGCGGCGAACGGCAUGAAGCCCAUCGUCAAUGGGAAGGUGUUGGAGCAGCGGCCGCGCAAAAAUAGCAAAACUUUGGAGAAGGAGAAGCAAACGGAUCGCACGACGCGUAUGCUUUUGGCGGUUUUGUUGCUCUUUCUCAUUACCGAAUUCCCGCAGGGCAUUAUGGGUCUGCUAAACACCAUGCUGGGUGAUGCCUUCCUCAUGCAAUGCUACCUAAAGCUAAGUGACAUCAUGGACAUACUGGCACUACUCAAUUCCAGCAUCAAUUUCAUACUCUACUGCUCGAUGAGCCGUCAAUUCCGCACCACAUUCACCAAGCUCUUCCGGCCGAAGUUCCUCGACAAGUGGCUGCCCGUGGCACAAGACGACGAAGGCGGUACCGGCGCCAACGGCCGACUGCGCGGCGAAUUGGCAAGCAAAUCGCACGCCGUCGAACAGCAGUGCCUGACCACGCAGGUGACGAACGUGUAG